GCGGCUGGGGCACAGAGAGCCCCCUCCUGUCCGCUAAACUGAACUUACCCUUCAGGGGGGAAAACGAAGAAACUGCAAAACCCGCGUAUAUCCAAGAAACUGCUGGAAACCGAGGAACUUUUUUUUAUUGCAAAAAAAUAAAAAUCUCCCCGAAGUGUUUGGGCCGCGGCUGGGUGACGCACGGGCCGGCAGAAACAGAGACUAGGAUGUGGGUCUGGUACCUCCUGCUCGGGUCGGGAACGGGCACCAGCUCGGUCGAGAGCCAGCUUCUCCCUGGGAAUAACUUCACCACCGAGUGUAACAUCCCGGGAAACUUCAUGUGUGGCGAUGGCUCGUGUAUCCACGGAAAUUGGCAGUGUGACGGCUACCCCGACUGCUGGGACAAGAGCGACGAGAAGGGUUGUCCGAAGGUGAAGUCAAAAUGCGCUCCCACAUUCUUCGGCUGUGCUAAUGGCGUCCACUGCAUUAUCGGCCGCUUCCGCUGCAACGGUUUCCGCGACUGCCCCGAUGGAAGCGACGAAGACAACUGCACAGGUAAUCCUCUGGUGUGCUCGGCGGCUCGGUUUCACUGCAGGAACGGCCGAUGCGUGGAUCGAAGUUUCCUCUGUAAUGGCCAGGACAACUGCCAAGACAACAGUGAUGAAGAGAACUGCCUUUCCACAGCAGAAUCUCCAGGUCAGGAUUUUGUAACGUUAGAUUACCGGUUGCGGUAUUACCCCAGCAUCACCUACGCAGUCAUAGGCAGCGCUAUCAUCUUCGUCCUGGUGGUGGCGCUGUUGGCCCUGGUGCUGCAUCACCAGAGGAAGCGGAGCGUGUUAUUGCCCCGCAGCGGAAGCCACCCGCACCCGCACCAGCCACUGCUGCUCUCCCGGCUGGUCAUAGUGGAUAGAGGACAUGUCUCACCCCCGUCCUCGUCCCCGUCAGCACACUUCAGCUCAGCACACAGCCUCCAGCUGCUCACCAGCUCGCUCUAUCCCCAAGGAACCCUGCUGGAAUCGCCACCUUCGUACUCCCAGGCAGUGCUGGACGUCAGUCGACCACCGUGGUUUGACCUCCCACCUCCUCCGUACCCUCCUGAUGGUGAAACAGAGCCACCUGUAUACGAAGCGACAGCACGAGCUAGCGAGACUCCUGCAGUCCGGUCCGAGAGAGCACAAGUACACAUCAUCGACCCCACGAUCAGAUGUGAAGCGGCACAGCCUCGAACCUUCAGCUCAGCUUCCAGCUCCACGCAGGGCUCUCAGCAGCUAUAGCUGGCCACUAUGGAGACACUCAGACACUUGUAUAUAGGACACAGAGACAUUUAUGCGACGCACUGUGCGGAAGGAUUAAAAAGAUGGACGAGGCUAGGUUAAAAAGAAAAGGACACUGCCAGAGUUGUUCGUUUUUUGUUCAACUCAGGAUGGUUUUCUGAGUUCAAAGCGCCAUCUUGUGGGACAAAUGUGACAUUACAGCAUGUGAAUCUGCUGCCCUGAAAAGACACUGUACAGACUGUAAUGAGGAAAAAACGACUUCACACCUCUGAGACUCGGCUGCAUUAGCGAUGCAGACACCAAACGUAUAGCACUCCAGUUCUGCAGAGCUAAAAACGUCUGAGCUGUUCAUUAUGUGCAGUUCUUUGACUGUUUCUUUUUCAUCCAGUGCUUUAUACUAUUCUGAAAAAAACACUAUGCAAUGUGAAUUGUGUAAGAUAUUGAACUUGAUAUAGUGAAAAGAUAUUGAAAAAAAAAAUGGAUACAAUGUGUAAAGAAUCAAAGUCCCCCACUCUCAUCGUUAAUGCACUUAUUAAUUUAUCCUGUUGAUACCGUGUUGGUUGUCUUGUUCCUUUUAAUGAUUCAUUUAUGUUCACAGUAAACUAGACGGCAUC